ACCUGGGGCCUGGACUCCCCAGUCUCGGGCUGGGAGCCUGGAUGAUGUUUUUGAUGGACUGGGGUCGCGAGGUCCCUCGGGAUCUCAGCCUACAGACCAGGGACCUCGGGGGCUUGAUCCCCCGGCUCCACCCUAUCAUGUGGCCGCCCCGGCUCCGCCUCUGCCCCAGUUCCUGUUUCGUCCUCUGCUGUCCCUCUUAGGCCCUGAGGGCUCCCCGCAGACGCCUGAUUUUACUAGGCGCCUGCCUCCCUCAUCGCAGCUCACUCCGCCGGAGCAUGGGGCCUCCCCCCGGCUUGGGCCGGGCCUUCUGGGGUCCCCGAGGGGCCUCGGCACCUCCGUGACCAACCGGCCCGCUUAGUGCCGUCGCCACCCCCAGGAUGAAGGGCGGCGAGGGGGACGCGGGUGAACAGGUUCCGCUGAACCCGGAGGCUGAGAGCCCCGCGGGCUCGGCCACGUACCGAGAGUUCGUGCACCGCGGCUACAUCGACCUCAUGGGGGCCAGUCAGCACUCGCUGCGGGCACUCAGCUGGCGCCGCCUCUACCUCAGCCGAGCCAAGCUCAAAGCUUCCAGCCGCACGUCUGCUCUACUCUCGGGCUUCGCCAUGGUGGCCAUGGUGGAGGUACAGCUGGAGAGAAAGCACGAAUACCCUCCAGGCCUGUUAGUCGCCUUUAGUGCCUGCACCACUGUGCUAGUGGCUGUGCACCUCUUUGCACUGAUGGUCUCCACAUGUCUGCUGCCCCACAUUGAAGCCGUGAGCAAUAUCCACAACCUCAACUCUGUCCACCAGUCACCACACCAGAGACUCCACCGGUACGUGGAGCUGGCCUGGGGAUUCUCCACUGCCUUGGGCACCUUUCUGUUCCUUGCUGAAGUUGUCCUGGUUGGCUGGGUCAAGUUUGUGCCUAUUGGGGCCCCCUUGAAUACACCAGUCCCUGGGGUACCUGAAUCCCAGGUGUCUGCUGGGACUCUGACACCAGUGGCCACCUCUCUUAGUCCAGCUUCGAACCUCCCACCAUCCUCUGUUUCUACAGCUUCAUCACUGGCUGAGCCAUCUGAGGCCUGCCCACCCCAACAAGCAUGUGUUGGUGGUGGGGCCUAUGGGCCAGGCUGGCAAGCAGCCAUGGCCUCCACAGCAAUCAUGGUACCUGUGGGGCUUGUAUUUGUGGCCUUUGCCCUGCAUUUCUACCGCUCCUUGGUGGCCCACAAGACAGACCGCCACAAGCAGGAGCUUGAGGAGCUGAGUCGCCUGCAGGGAGAGCUGCAGGCUGUGUGAGGCUGGUGGUAAACUACUGCAAGCACUGCCUCCCUCCCAGGUCUGCAAGAGGCCCCAGGACUACAGACCUUCUUCCCUGCCCCUGGCUCAAGCCACUUCCUGUGGCCACUCAGGUAGUGACCAGUUUGCUGCCUGCAGGGUCCUUCAUGAGGUACCUUCCACAUUCCUAGGAAUUUUCUCUGUCAGCCUGUCCCAUAGGUUUUAUAUUUAUAAACUCUGCCUGAGUUGGGAGAAACACAGGAGGAAAUAAAAGGUCCUCAAUCCAAGGAUCAUGUGGUAGAUGGAGGGGAGGCAGGGAGACCCUGGUGGGACCCUUGGUGCUGACCCUCAGCCACCUUUUCCAUUCCUAUUUGGGAUGGUCAGGUUACAUGCCCACAUAGCUGCCCCAAAAGGCAGUAAACCCUUGCUUUAUUAUUAUUAUUAUUUGCAGUUUUUGGCCUGCACCUGGGUUUGAACCCACCACCUCUGGCAUAUGGGGCCAGCGCCCUACUCCUUGAGCCACAAGCACCGGCCCAACCCUUGCUUUAUUUUUGUAGAAUCUAUUAUAUAGUUGGUGUUUUGGGGGGAAGUUUUUCCCUGUCCCCAGAUUUUGGUGGGUUCCACAUUCUUGCUUUAGUUUCUUAUAGAGGAAUCUGAUGUUUCUACCCCAGGCAUAGGUCCAGCUUUUCUUUUCUUUUUUUUGAGACAGAGCCUUAAGCUGUCUGUUGCCCUGGGUAGAGUGCCAUGGCAUCACAGUUCACAGCAACCUCCAACUCCUGGGCUUAAGCAAUUCUCUUGCCUCAGCCUCCCAAGUAGCUGGGACUACAGGCGCUCACCACAACACCUGGCUAUUUUUUUUUUUUUUUGGUUGUAGUUGUCAUUGUUUGACAGGCCCAGGCCGAAUUUGAACCCGCCAGCUCUGGUGUAUGUGGCUGGUGCCUUAGCUGCUUCAGCUACAGGCGUCACCCAGUCCAGCUUUUCCUAGGAGGAGCCUCCCUAUUUUUGGAGAUGUAAGCCCACACCCCACUGUUGGUGACCUAUGGUCCCACAUAGGAAGGCUGGUGCCUGAUCCACUGCCUGAGCCCUACCUACACUUAGGCACCUAUACCUGGUUCUUACCCUCCUGGGCUGGGGCUGGGAGUCUUUGGAGACCUGUGUGUCUGCCCUGACUCUGACUCCUUAGUAACGGUUGGGUGAGGAGGUUCUAAGGGAGAAGAUCCAGUCCCCAGCCUUUGGAAUACAGAGCUCUUCUGACACUGAAUUUUUAAUGCACCUUGUUUUGUAUAAUAAAUUGUGUUUCACAGA